UUUCAGAUGAAACCGACGACGAGAAGCGCAUCAAAAAGAGCAAAUGCGGAAUCUUCGGGAGUGAACCAGCCCGAGAAGAAAUCACGAAUUCCUGAAACAGAAAUUGUAGAGGAUCCGUUGGAGAUCGAAGUACCGCCCGCAUCGGCAGAUGGCACUGACAACAAGAGUUUUUCAGAAAAUGAAUACGACGAUGAUCACAGUAGCAGCAGCGACGAGGAGAGUGAUGAUGAAUACGUUGUGGAGACUCACAAGAGUUCGAUGGUGGAUGCUGCAGAAAGUUCCGAAGGCGAGCGACCGGAUGAACGCAUUGUCCGAGAAUUAGAGCAGAAAAUUGCUCGUGGGUUGAAGAACGACAGGAUUCUCAAAAAGAAAAAGAAAGCGUUAGAUGGGGAAGUCUCAGACACUGAAGACGUGGUUUGUGAGUACGAACCACAAGCGAUGCCGAAGCAACGAAGAAGGCGACUGUAUAGAAGAAAAAUGACCAGACCUCAAGGAGUCCCUAAAAGACGUCGCAUCAAGAGACCGGACCUGGAACUUGCAGAUGAUUACACCUGUGACACUUUUGCUGAGCAAGGAUUGACUCUGAAGUCUUUGACAAGUGACAUCAAACAAGACGAUCCUGAAGUCGAUUGGAAAGCAAUGAGAAGGAUGGGUAUCGGAAUCAGAUCAACAAAAAGAGACGAAAUCAAUUCCGAUGAGGAUGAAGCGGAUAUUAUUUCGCAUUCAUUUUCUUUCUACCAAACAAGAAACUCUAAAGAGCAAGUGGCACAGGCCGUCGAACUAAAUAUGAACCCUUUUUCGGAGAAGAUCGCGAGCUACAAUGCUCCAAAGUCCGUUCAUGGAUACAGUCGAUCUUCAAUUCAAAAUCAACAUUCAGGAUUUAUUGACAAGAACGACAUCAAAUAUCCGGACGAAUUAUUAUGGCAGGAACCAUUUACCCAUCUCGUCUUCUUCCAAUCCACAUUCAAUGCUCACGAGUCUUCCAUCAAGUUCCUGAAUAAUGUCGCAAAUUCAAAAAAGCAGGAAAGAGACUCCAAACUGAUGAAGGAAAUUCGCGAAAGGAUUAAGCAGAAAUCGCUCGGACAUGUAGAUGUUCCAAUCGACUACACAAACGUGGAAAGUACAUCGGAGCAGCCGUCGACUAUUGAUCAGUACAGCCUUCCUGACCUGACUAGUCAAUGCGACGAGGGAACCAUAAAGGAGGAAGAAGACUUCGACUAUCUGAUGGUAGACGCAGAAUUCUAAAAGAAUUUUUAUCCGAGUCACAUUAUUGUUUUAAUUAUUCUCUGUUUGUUUCAAAUUUUAGAGCAUCUAGCUGUUGUUUGAGAAUCUCAAAUCUCAAAUUUAUUUAUAUCGUGAGAAUAUAAUCUAUCGUUUUUUCCCGUAUUUGACCAAACAUUUUCUGUAAUAUUUAGCUUUUUCGCAAUCGUUCGACACUUUAUAUACGUUCUUUGUUUCUUUUCUAGUAAGAUGUUUUUUUUUUUAAUAAAACUUUUUUUAAAUUUUGAAA